GGUCCCUUGACGUUGCAUUGCACAGAAAAGAGCAUUCGGUCGCCAGCAGGGACUUCAGUCCAUCCGAAGCGCUGGACGAGUUGGUCUCUGUCAAAGGGGAAAAUGUGUCAGUAUGGGAAAACUCGACAUUUUUGGAGAGCGCGUCUCCCGACGGUGGCAACGUCAGACCCGUGCGAGUAGCCCACUCGUCCAAAACCUUGAGAUCUGUGCAGAAUACGACGCGAGAUCCAGCAGCCAUCUGCACGACAAAGUGUCGCCAGGCCAAGCAAUUGAAAAGAGGCAGCAAGGCGGCUGGCGGCCGGGGAGGGGAGAUGUGGGUGCAGAGAGAAAAAAGUUUUGAAAAAUGA